AAGUCUCCCAAACAUAUUUCCCACAUGCAAUUUAGGGGAGGGGGCACAGCUGGCGCGCCAUUGUUGCCAAUUGGAGUACAACUGAAUGGGUGAAUUCCAAGAACAAGUGCCCGGAUCUACUCCGCCGCCGCCUCUGCCGCAGUCGUCAGUCGACGCCACCCCUCCAAUACCGCCUCCACCACUACGUGACGAUCCUCCACCUCCUCCUCAUCCGCCACCACCCCGAUUCGAUCCCAGCCGCAUGAUUGGUAUCAUUAGAAGGAAGUCCUUGAUUAAAGAAUUGGCUGCUGUAUACCAUGCUGAGUGCCUUGCAUACUGUCAAGAACUUUUGGAACUUCAAAGAAAGCGCGAAGAGCCAUAUACAGACAUAAAAACUCCAGAGAAUUCAAGGAAAGAAAUAACGAGGCCAGCCAAACGUCUGAAGAAAUCUCGCUAAGCAUCAACGUGGAUGGCUGCCGCAGGUUGUAGAGUUCAAACACAAAUGAAAGCUGGGAACCCAGUUAUUCAGCUUUUUUCUCCAGAAUGUUUAAUGAAAGAGGAGACAUCAAAAUCCCUAUCUAUUCGUAAAAACCAUCGAGAGUGACAUGUGGAGAGCAAUGGAUUAUUAUCAACAACAAUUCUGUUGGUUGAUUAUCGUCUUUUGUAUAUAUCUAAUUGGUAUACUUGUGUGAUCAUCAACUGUGAUACCUGUAACCUAAUGAAAUGUAAAAUUGGGUCUCAAA